CAUGUAAGUGCGCUUACUUGUGGUGACGUGUCGAAGGUAUCCUUUAAAAUCGUUCUGACAUCGGAUCCUAACCUGCCGUUCAAAGUACUCAAUGUCCUCGAAUCUGCUCCUUUCACCGCGGUUCUUCGAUUUGCGGCAGAGGAGUUCAAGGUUCCACCGGCAACAAGUGCAAUAAUCACGGACGACGGCGUUGGAAUAAAUCCCCAGCAAACAGCAGGUAUUUUAGUAAUCUUUAAGGAUGUUUGA